UAUAGGCGAGGGGGCGAGCUUUUUCUUAUACGCGUUUGGGAACAAAGUCUGUCAGCGUGUAUUCGACCUCCAAUACUGAGUGCGACCACAGAAUGCAGGGCACGGAUUAUGCCGAUGGUCAGGGACAAGGAGAUGGUCCAAUGCCGACUGCUGUAGUAGCGGCAGGGUGUGAUGCCGGCGGUGUGGAGGCUGACUGGGAGAAACUGGAAGAAACUGAAGAAGAUAUCAUCGUCCCGGCCUCCCUGUUCGUCAUGUGCAAGACCGUGGUGGAGGACGAUGGCGGCGGACUAUUCCUGAACGGGACUCUCGUCCAAAGAGUCUUGGUGAGGAACGUUCCAACCACUUCCCUUUCAGACGGCACGAUCGACGCUACGACCCAGUCGAAGCUGGAGUCGUUGUUGUUCCCGAUCCACCUAAAGGGCCCACUCCCCGGCGGGGACAUCAAGCAUAGGACGCUUUACAUCAAUGACCCCCGUAAGCCCAGCGAUGAAGAGGUCGAAGCGCCAGGGACAGUUCAGUUAUGCGCACAAACACUGGACCUCAUCAGCGCUCCACUCGACGUCCGCCAACACUGGAACAGGUUCCCUUUCCGGAUCCUGGAAGGAACUAUCGAGUUGGAGCUGCAGUCGAGCUUCCGGCAUAAAGAUUUUGGAUCCAAGAAGAUCCUACUAUGUCCAGACCUAUUGCGCCCGGUGCUCGAUGACUUGUCGGGGAAGGCAUUGCAGGACAGAUUGGAGAAGAUCAUCCGUAUCAAGCCCUCAAGUGGCCUCAGCCGGCUGCGUAGGCUGGCUUUCCUGAAAGAACGACCGGUGGUCGAGCUCUGCCAUGAGAUUCGGUGGAAGAAAGGAGUGAGACGGGCAGACGAUGGGGCUGGUCUUGACAACAAUUUGUUGAUCAGGUACCCUCAACUGACACUGAAGUUCUGGCUCUACGAGCCCAUCAGCAAGGCCGUUUUCAAGAUUGUGGGUCCGCUUGCUCUUGUUCUCGCACUGAUGCUGAUGAAUUUCCAGGAAUUCUUCGGCUUCUCCGCUGCGGUCCAAAGCAACGACUGCUUGGAACAGCCAGAGAGCGACACGUACAGGGACUACCUUUCCAAUGGAAUCGGCAUCGUGCUUGCAGCAUUUUUUGCGAUCCCAUCCAUUCGUGAGGGGAGCAUCAAGUCGCCCGGGAUCAGCUUCAAGCGUGACGACGGCAUGGCGGUGGCGUUCCUGAUUGGACUUGCGCUCUCAAACGUACGCCAGUGCAAGGUGGCUCUGGUUGGCAUCCUGCUUAGCUGCGUGGUGGUAGUUUGGGCGCUGAUCUCGUUCGUAUGGUUCAUGUUCGAGCUGCGAAGGUUGCGGAAGCGCGCUGAGCGGGACCCUCUUCGUGUGCACGAGGUCACGGAGGCCAAGAAAAAAAAGGCCAAGCCCCGGGCCAUCGAGUUCGACAAGGAAUGGUGGACGCGGCGGAGAUGCGAGCCGAAGUGCCCAAAGUGUCUUCAGGCCACCUAGAGCUUAUCGUUGAGGCCGCUGUCGGCGAAAACGUGUAUAUGGCUUUCCCGGCAUCGGGGAAUGGAAACAUAUGCUCCCGUGAAGUGUCGUGCUUUUAUACUGUCGAGUUUCCGGGGUCGCAAGUUUACAGUGAGUGUUGACACCCCAUCGACGAAUCCUUGGCGAGAAAACAAGUCGGUUGAAGUGCGUGACAUCGUGGCGUAGGUUUUUGACACCAUGCUGCGUAGCGAGCCUGUAAACGAGUGAGGAGCUUUCUCUGCUUGAUACAAUACGGUUCAUGUUUCAAGUUUCUCUUGUGUGUGAUUGCAGGGUUGGGUUGAAUGUUUCUGACAUCAGACGAUCUUCUUCCAACCGAGAACCGAAAACCUGGCGCUCUCUUAUGGCACAGAUGUACCGUAAAUGAUGUAUCAACUUCUUGAUGAUCGGAGGCUGAGUUGAUUUAUGUCAAGGCUUGAAAGGUGUGUUUUCCCCCAUUCAUUAUCGUAGAUUGCGCAGGCUACCUCCCGGUCGGACGCGUCCAACUGAAGAGCGCCGGUCCGGUCGUGUAUGAAUUUGAGCGUUUUUUUGUGGUAGCGCAGGUGAAAGAUUCUGAGAUUCCUCUCCGACUCUUUCCCAGUACCGUGUUUUUUCACGGCGGAGCCGUAGACGUUCGACACGAAUUGCGUACUGUAGUGAUUAGAGAACCCGCAAAGGCAGCAGCAGCUGGAGCAACAGAUAGAUAGGCAAGAGCAUGAUCAAAAUCAUCAACCUUUUCAUUUGGUCCGCGUGCAAAGAUGACCGCCGAAUGCCUUGCUGAUUUCGACCAGCUCGUCGAAAGAUGACCAGCAACAAUACUGGGCCUUUGCGAGAAACCUCGGUCCGCGGGCGACC